AUGAAGUUGGAGAUAGAGGAACGCCGCUCGAUGCAGGUUCUGCGUGUUCCAUGUCGUCUUCAAAAACCGGUCUCAGUCAAUUACCAUUUCUCGCGGAAAUGCAAUAAAGAAUGCCUCUUUUGCUUCCACACAGCAACCACCUCCCACAUUGAAUCCCAGGAAAACGCCAAAAGGGGCUUGAAGCUCCUCAAAGAGGCCGGUAUGAAGAAGUGCAACUUUGCCGGCGGCGAGCCCUUUCUCUACCCGAAAUUUCUCGGAGAAAUGAUUGACUACUGCAAAGUCACUCUCCAGCUGGAAUCAGUCUCCAUCGUCUCGAACGGGAGCUUGAUCAAAGAGCAGUUCCUCCGGAAACAUGGCCGCAACAUUGACAUUCUGGCCAUCAGCUGUGACUCCUUUGACGAGGCCACAAACAUCAAAAUCGGACGCGGCUCCGGCAACCAAGUCGAUAAACUGUACGAGAUUGCCUCCUGGUGCCAAAAAUACAAUAUCAAGUUCAAGCUCAACACCGUCGUCAACAGAUUCAAUCACCUGGAGGACAUGAAUGAGCAUCUUAGCGCUCUGCAGCCGUUCCGCUGGAAAUGCUUCCAAGUGCUCAUCGUGGCGGGAGAAAACGACUCUGAUGCCACGCUUCGCAACGCUCACAGUCUGACUAUCACUGACGAAGAGUUUGAAAACUUUUGCCAGAGACACAGCAGCCAGGCGUCUCUUGUCCCAGAGCCAAAUCGGCUGAUGGCUAAAUCCUACCUCAUUCUGGAUGAAUACAUGCGCUUCUUGGACAGGAAUGGAAAAUCCCCAUCCGAGCCCAUCUUGAAGGUGGGUGUCCAAGACGCAUUGAAGUCCAUUUUCUGGGACGAAUCUGCUUUCCUCGAACGCGGAGGUCUCUACGACUGGAACAAGGGACCUUGUCUCACCGACAGCAAGAAGUUGGAAUGGUGA